AUGAUAUCUGAAAUUCAUCUUGAUGAUAGAAAAUCAGAAGCUAUGAAAUCUUACUUUGGUGGAAAUGCUAUUAAGACCCUCAUUCAUAUAUCAGCUUCCAAGCCUAAUUAUGACAUUGGUUCCACUAGUAAAAUAAAACUUGUACAAAAAAUAAAACCAAAACAAAUGCUCAAAGAAGCAUCCCAAGUAUGGUCAUUGUCAGCUGCUGACUUGAAUGAUGAUGAUAUUGAUUUGAUUGAUUCUGAUGAUCUUUUAGAUGCAGAAGAUUUGAAGAAACCAGACCCUAAGUCACUAAAAGUGGACUGUGGUGGUAAUCGAGCAAAAAGAAAAGCUUGCAAAAACUGUACCUGUGGUUUAGCUGAAGAACUGAAAAAUGGAGAUGGUUCCAAACCUGCAAUGCCAAAAUCUGCUUGUGGUAAUUGUUAUCUUGGAGAUGCCUUUCGUUGUUCAGGCUGCCCUUACCUUGGAAUGCCUGCCUUCAAGCCAGGAGAGAAAAUAAUUAACUUUUGGUUACAAACGCAGUGGCUUGUGCUACGCUGUCCAGAAGAGUAA